GGCUUCUGUUUGUGCCAUUCAAUCGUCAACGUUCAUUCAAUCGUUAACACGUUAUCAGUUUGGUGUAGCUGCGGCAUUUCAUAUUUACAUAGAUAACGGCAAACUCUUCAUUCAUAACUGUGUUUUGUUUAUCAUCUACAAAAUAUUCUGUUUUCUGAGUGAAUUAUUUUUUGGCUGAAUCAUUUUGUGUAUUUCUGCAGAUCAGAAGAAUUAUUUUUUUAGCUGAAUCAUUUUGUGCAUCUCUGCAGGUCAGAAGUGUUUAUAAUUUACAAAAAAAAUGGAUAUAGAAAGCGUUUUAGUCACUGGAGCAAAUCGUGGAAUUGGUUUGGAAUUUGUGAAGCAAUUGAUAAAUUUGUCCAAGCCUCCACGCUUGUUAUUUGCAACUUAUAGAGAUAGCAAUGCCAAAGAGGCCCUCGAGACAAUUAGAGAUUCUACACAGCAGACGCAAAUUCUUUUAAUCCAAUUGGAUGUGACGAAGGCAAAAGAAAUUGAAGACGCACGCAAGAUAGUCGAAGACGUGGUUGGAGAUAAAGGACUGGAUCUUCUGAUCAAUAACGCUGGAGCUUUAAAAUUUGAAGGCUUUCCCGAAAUCACCGAAGAUAAUAUGUUGUUGCACUUUUCUACAAACACAGUAGGACCUGUCAUGGUAUUAAAGGAAUUGUUUCCACUUCUAAAGAAAUCAGCUGUCCGUAAAACCACUGAGACGACGGUUUCCAGAACAAUAGUGAUCAACCUUUCUUCCAUAGAUGGAUCCAUUGGUAGCCUGAGCUUGGAAAAUCCAGACGGAUGGCUUCACGCCUUCGGAUACAAAACAAGCAAGGCGGCGCUGAAUAUGGCCAUGCGAGUAGUUGCCUUGACUGUCAAGGACAGCGGAGUUCUGAUUGUCAAUCUAUGUCCUGGUUGGGUAAAGACAGACAUGGGAAACAUGGGAACGAACGAGGCGGAACUGGAAGUUGGCGAAAGUGUCACUGCCAUCAUGAAAACGUUGUCCCAGUUGAACGAAUCGCAUCAUGGGACAUUUAUUGACAGAAAUGGAAAUACCAUUGUCUUUUGAAAUAUAAAUAUUGAUCUGCAAUAUGUUCUUUUUCAAUCAUCAUUUUCAUAUCUGAAACUGGCGAUUAUUUGUUAAGUUAUUUGUGUACUACGUUUUUAAAUAUAUACAAUUUUGUCUCUGUACAAGACUUUGUUAAUGUUACUUUACAUCAUCAUGCUGCCUUUUCGUGAAGUUUGCUUAGAUUGUUAAUAUCUCUAUUAGCACAUAAUACUGUACGAUAUAUUCACUAUGUUAUUCGAUAUUUUGAAUGAUGGAAAAUAUUGUGAAAAUAUUGUAAUAAUGUUGUUAGGCAUGUAAUAUUGUUUGUAGGGAUGUAACUUAAUAUGAAUAUAUAUUAGUAAUUUUUUCCGAGAUGAA